CUGUCCGUGGAUACUCGUAACAACAGAGGUGUAACUCUCCUAGUGUUGUGAGUUGAGCUCCUUAAAACCCCUUUAGACUUCCAAUCAACUCAAACGGUGAGACAAUAAUAUAAGCGUUGUUUAGGCCGCAGUAUUCAUCCGGUGCUGUGGCCAAGCAUGGCUCCCAAAUAUUUGAGAGACUUUAUUUUUCAUCAGUCCUCUUUAACCAACUCUUCUACAGAGAGUCGGUCCGUGUGCGGCGGCGGGUCAGAGGGCGGCGAGGGGCGCGCGUGGCGCGUGACCCUCGACCACGACCUGGUGGAGACCCUCAGCGCCAUAUACCCCGAGUGGUUCAAGCAGCCGCGCCGGGACCGCCCCCCGCCCGCUUCGCCGCCCUCCCCCGUUACGCCAGCUACGCCCGUCACACCGGUCACCCCGCAGACGUCAGAUAACGAUAUAUUCAGUUCCGGUGCGGAGGAGAUGGCUAGCGGGCAGGGCAGCAGCGGCGCCAGCGAGCCGCCCAGCUCGCCGCGCCCUUCGCCGCCCAAGGUGGUGGUGGACGACAGCCCGCUGCAGCCGGCCAUGGGGAAACAUAAAGAAUCGUUGAAAGUGAAGCUGAUGAUGAGGCGGCCAAUCAAUGAGCUGGUGGAGCAGGGGAUUAUGCCACCAUUGAAAACGCCUCCAACGUACUUCAAGCAGCUGACGAGCUUGAACCGAGCGAAGACUGGCGACAUACUGAAGGCCAAGAUCCAGCGACGGCCGGCCAGAGACGAAUUGGAGCGACGACAUAUACUCGAGCAAGAAUGCCACGUGGACCCCAGCCUGGCGGAGCGCCAGCGGAUGUUAAAGAAGGCCAUCCUCGCGGACCAGCUCAACGACCAGCUGUCGCACCGGCCCGGCCCGCUCGAGCUCAUACAGAAGAACAUCCUCCACACCGAGGAGAACAUUGAGUCCGCCGUCAAGAGCGGCACCGUCGCCUUCAAGGCCACCAGCGAGGGCGCCUCCGCCCGCCCGCCCCACCCCUCCUCCUACUGUGGCCCGCCCGACGACGCGUCCCCCUCCCCCUCGCCGCCCGCGGCGCCCCCCGCGCCCCACCCUGCCCAGCACCCCGCUCAACACCCCGCUCCCGGCAAGGACAAGAAGUCCCGCUGCAAGAAGACCAAGCCGUGCCGGUCGCGCUUCAAGUUCCACGAGUACAAGGGCCCGCCGAGCGCGCAGAAGGCGCCCUCGCCGCCCGACGCUGCCGAGACGCCGUACGACCUGCUCCUGCAGCAGCAGCAGCUCCUGCUGCAGCUCAUGUGGCCGCCCUCGCCCGCCGCCUCCGUCGCCUCCGACUCCUCCGACCCCGCCGCCCCCGCGCCCUCGCAGCCGCCGCCCCCCGCCGCCCGCUACGAGGACAUGCGCGUGCCCGACCUGCGUGCCGAGUGCAAGCGCCGCAACCUGCCCGUCUCCGGCCCCAAGACGCAGCUCAUCGACCGCCUGCGCCUCAACUCCGACGUCAAGGACGAGCCGCCGCGCUCGCCGAUGUCGGUCGCCUCGCCCGAGUCGCGCGCCGACUCCGAGCAGGCGGACGACAUCGUGCAGUCGCAGUCGCAGCAGAUCGGCGAGCAGUCGCGCCAAAUCCGCGAGCUCAAGCGGCAGCUGGAGGACCUGCGGCGGCAGCUGGAGGCGGCGCGGCGCGAUGCGGCCGGCCACGCCGCCGGCGCGCAGAGUCGCCGCCUGCUGCAGAAGCAUCUGCACAUCACGCAGCUGCAGGCGCAGAUCGAGGCGCACGAGCGCCGGAGCCGCCCCGCCGCGCCCCCCGCGCCGCAGUACGUGCUCGCGGCGCCGGCGGCGGACGCGGCGCGCGAUCGCUACGUCCGCGUCGUCGCCGUCGCUUCGCCUCCCGGCGCCGACUUGCGCCCGGACGCCGCCCCCGGCGCCGCCAACACGGCCCUGCUCCUCAACGGGGGGGAAAUCAAGAUCGUCCCCAUCGCCCUGGUCUCGUCGACGCCCUUCGAGCCCGAGCGCGCGGCCCCGGUGCCUCCCCCGCCCCCGCCGCCGCCGAUGCCGCCCGCCCCGCGGGAGGCGCCGCCGCCCGCGACUGACGCCAGCCUGAACGAGGAGAUCGAGGACGUUCUCGAGAUAAUCGCGAAGUCCGGCGAGCUCCCGACGGGCGGCGCAGGGUGCGUGUCGACCGACUCGCUGGACUCCGGCUUCCCUGGCGGCGCCGACUUCGCCCCCGCCGACAUCCUGGGCGGGAGCCUGCUGAGCUACUCGCCCGCCGGCGACGCGCUCGCCGCGGAGAGCGCGCAGCGGGAGCUGAACGCCAUCCGGGACGACAUCCUCGGGCAGGCGGAGUUCGACACGCCGAGCGGGCAGAACGACGAGCGCGGACUCGACGCCGACCUCAGCGUGGAGCGGCUGCUGGCGGGCGACGAGUUCGACGCGACCUUCGCCGGCCCCGCCUCGCCCGGCCGCGACGACCUGUACGACAUCUUCGCCGCCUGCGACGCCGCGCCAGCCAUGGACGUGGACGACGAGCCGCCGGAGCGCAUGAGCACGACGCCCGGCGUCGCCGACCUGCCCGACCACACGAGGAUGGGCUUCGACGACAUGGCGGACCUCGUCUUCCCCGCCCCGGACUCGCCGAACGGCUACGGGGGCGCCGACUUCGACCUGCGCCAGUUCGGCCUCGACACGAUGUGCAUGGACGGCGACCCGUACGACACCUACACGAGCGGCGUGGAGCCGAACCGGUUCAGUCGGAGCAACAUGCAGCAGAGCGACCCCGUGAUGGGCGCGGUGCUCGCGCGCCCCGCCCCCCGCCCCAUGCACAAGCACUACUCGUGGGACAAGAUAGAGUACGGCGACGCCACCUGACCCGCGCCUCCCUGUGGGACCCGGCUCCGGCUCUAGAGCCCACUCGUGAUACCCCGUCGCGCUGAGAAGUAGCGGGAAAACCAUCGCGGUCGAUCCGAGUGAAGUUAGCAGGAGGACAAACGCUAGUCUGAAUGAAGUGUCUCUUUCUUCCAAGAUAGUGACUUACGUAAUAUUAGAAUAUAGAGGAAUAUCUGCGCGAAGCGCGCACGGCGAGGACUGGACGCUCACUAUUUAAUUACCGGUACUUAAUUUUCGAUAUGAAUGUCGCUAGUUGUAUAACGUAGUGUUUAUUGUUAAUUAGUAUGAGUGCGAAGCGUUCGUCGAGUCGGGCCGAGGUCGGCUCGGAUCGAUUCUAGUCGCCGAGGCGUAUCUACUUAUGUAUAUAAUGAAAGUAUAUUAAUCGUAUAAUACUCAACAUAGUUGUGGAUUCUGCAUUCCGCCCGUGGACUAAAAUUUAGGGGAAGCGCUUGUGCCUCUCUCGCCGAAGGAAUCGUUCGACGGAAGCACGACGUUCGAAGUCUCCUUAUGGAUAGCUAAUUCCCAAUUCAUUAACGACAUUCCAGUCUUGUGCAGGUGCACGUUGCUAGCGCUCCGGUCGCACCGCCGGAGAGUGAGGGAGGUCGCAUCGCAAAGUGCACGUUUACAAGCCAUCGUCAUGGGUGGGACCAGCUCGGGAACAAUAUUAAUACAAAUUCAGUAAGAUUAAAGUGGGGAGCCGGCCCGACCGAACGGUCUAUGCGAGCGUUCCCUCGUCGCUCUCUAAAUAUAUAUCCAACUACUGCUAAGUCCUUUAAAUGUUAUGGUAGGUUUAGUUUCGAGUCGUAGUUUUGUUGAGUAGCUGUUGUUUUUGUUUAUUAAAAUUGUACUUCACAAACGUAACAUUCUUGACAAUGUAUCAUUCCAGUGUAUCGUCUUAAAGAUUUAGGCUAGGUGCUCCGGUCAUCCGCUGCGGGAAUGUUUGCAUAGACGUUCGUCGGACGCUCGGGGGGGGCGUGGCGUAUACGGUGCGUCGCCGCCGCUCGGUCGACGUACACCGAUAUCGAAAAAUAUUGCCAUUAUUUGCAUUUAUAAUUUAAUUAAUUUAUUACCGGUCACGACAACGAAUGCGGCGUCACUGCCGACCAUGUGCCAAUAUGUCAAAAUAUUUCCGAUACAAGCGAUACCGUGCAGAUGUGGCUCGCGGCGGGCCGCGCAGUUUGGUGCUAUAUUUAUGAAAAUAUAUAAAUAAAUUAUUCGCGUCGUAUGGUACGAGAACGUAACGCUACAUUGCAGCGUAUCAAGGGAGUCAUUAUCUUCGCUUUUAACACUUCCGAGAACAAUUUUAUUAGCAAUAACUCGCAGUUUAUUUAGGUUAGGUUUAAAAUGAACAGCAAUUCUAGGGUAAUAUGAGCGUAAACAAAUCUUUCGGAAUAGAUUAAUCUCUGAUUUUUCGCUUCACUAAACGUAAGUAUUAUUCCAUUAUCUAAGUAAAUUAUACGACUAACUUAUAAAAUUUCUAAUUGCUCAUCUAAAUUGUACCUAUUUAGUUUAGCGAAUUGUAUCGAUGGGUGAUCGUGUGAGAAGUGUUACUCGAAGUGCGAUUUCAUUAUUUAACUUGUGAGAUUAGUCUACAUUUAUUUAACAAGAUAUGAGGCCUGAUUUCUAUUCGGCGGCUAAGCGGCCCCGCUGCGCUAUUAGCACAUAUCGCAGGAAAGCGACAGACAGAUCUACGGUCUCACACGUCAAAGGAGAGAUAGAGCCAGAUGCAAUAUAACUCAGUAGAGUUAUGUCGCACCUUGCUCUAUCUCUCCUUGAUGCUAAUGGCGUUCACGUAAUUUAGAAUGAGACGCAUAUACGCCGCUCGGCCGCCGAUUGCAUCAGAUCUAAGUGAGAUUUAAUAUUUUCAUUAGAUGUAUGUGUAUCUACUUGUUACUAUUGUUGUAAUUUGGUAGGAGAGUUUUAUGAUAUUUGUUUUAUAUUUGGUAAUAUAUUCUGAGGUGAUAUGUAUCAGUGCUACUUAUUUACUUAAGCAGAUCAUAAUGGCUUCACUAUAUUGCGUUCAUGCUAACAUGUUGUGCCCAUUCCAGUUCCAUAUUUAAGAAAUCCCUUCAUUUUAUUUAUUUGUUGUAGUAAAUGUGUUUUAUUUAUUUUUAAUAGCUUAUGGCUAAUAAUAAUUGCAAUACACAAAAUAUGCUCGUUGAGAAUUUAAAUGACCUGAUAAAAAAUUCUUACGAAUAAACCUUGAAAUAAAAUUAAAUAACAUAAAUUU